UCUGUCUCUCCUUUCGGCAUCACCCUGAAGGAAGACUAAGAGAACACAGCUUCAUAAAAUGGCAGGGGGAGCACUUGUGGACGCAGGAUCUCUCAAGAGGGCUCAUCUUUAUGAAUACAAGAUUACAGGCUACUUCAUCUUUUCUUGCAUCGUUGGGGCUCUUGGUGGUUCUCUCUUUGGAUAUGAUCUUGGUGUUUCAGGUGGAGUUACUUCCAUGGAUGAUUUCCUUAUAGAAUUCUUCCCCCAUGUGUACGAGAGGAAGCACUCACAUCUUCAGGAGACAGAUUAUUGCAAAUAUGAUGAUCAAAUGUUGACACUCUUUACUUCCUCUCUGUACUUUGCGGCCUUGGUGUCCACGUUUGGUGCUUCUAGCGUAACCAAAAACAGAGGCAGGAGGGCCAGUAUCAUUGUUGGUUCCAUAAGCUUCUUUAUAGGAGCUGUCCUAAAUGCUGCUGCCAAGAACAUUGCAAUGUUGAUCAUUGGGCGUGUCCUUCUUGGUGUAGGCAUUGGAUUUGGUAACCAAGCUGUUCCAUUGUACCUGUCAGAAAUGUCUCCUGCAAAAGUCCGAGGAGCAGUGAAUCAACUAUUUCAAUUGACAACUUGCUUGGGAAUUUUGAUUGCUAACCUAGUGAACUAUGGUACUGAGCAACUCCAUCCAUGGGGGUGGAGAUUGUCCCUUGGUUUAGCCACAGUUCCUGCAACUGUCAUGUUUUUUGGUGGUUUGAUGUGUCCGGAGACACCCAACAGUCUUGUGGAACAAGGAAGAUUUGAAGAGGGGAGAAAGGUAUUGGAGAGAGUUAGGGGUACCCCUAAUGUGGAUGCUGAAUAUGAAGAUCUUGUUGAGGCCAGCAAAGAAGCAGAGGCCAUCAGCAACCCAUUCCAGAACCUCCUCUUGAAAAAGAACAGACCCCAGUUUAUAAUUGGAGCCUUGGCUAUUCCUGCAUUCCAACAGCUAACUGGCAAUAACUCCAUCCUCUUCUAUGCUCCUGUCAUUUUCCAGACUUUAGGCUUUGGCUCUGGUGCUGCUCUAUAUUCAACAAUCAUUACUAGCGUGGCACUUGUUUUUGCCACCUUGAUCUCAAUGUUCUUUGUUGACAAGUUUGGCAGAAGAGCUUUCUUUUUGGAAGCUGGUGCUGAAAUGUUCUGUUGCAUGGUUGCUACAACAAUUGUUUUGGCUCUUGAGUUUGGAAAAGGCAAAGAACUGCCAUUUGGGGUUGGUGUGUUUUUGGUUAUUGUGAUUUUCUUGUUUGUGUUGGCAUAUGGAAGAUCAUGGGGUCCUCUGGGGUGGUUGGUUCCCAGUGAGCUCUUCCCAUUAGAGAUAAGGUCAGCUGCACAGAGUGUUGUGGUGUGUGUUAACAUGAUCUUCACAGCACUUGUGGCACAAUUCUUCCUUGUGUCACUUUGCCACCUUAAGUUUGGGAUCUUCUUGCUCUUUGGGGGCUUGAUUUUCAUUAUGAGCUGCUGUGUUUACUUCUUCUUGCCGGAAACCAAACAAGUUCCAAUUGAAGAGAUUCAUCUUCUGUUUGAGAAUCAUUGGUUCUGGAAGAAAGUAAUUGGAGACUUAAACCAAGAAAAAUUACGUGAGCAUCCAUAAGGAUAAGAUGGCAAGAAAUUCAACCUGGAAAAUUGUUGUAAAUUGAUUAAUUUUUAGUCCCUUUGUACUCAUAAAUAAACUCUAGAGAAAACCUAUAAAAAAAUAAAUAAUAAACUCUAGAUACUGAGAGAAGAAAUUAAAGUGCAAGAUAUGUAUGCACUUGUAUAUUCUCCCUUCUCUAUUCAUGUUUCGGGUAUAGGACGGGAAGCCCUACCUAAUAAGUGUACAGUUAGGUAGUUGGCUCUUAGUUUAACCUGCAAGAUGCCACACACUUACUGUCCCCGUCAUUUUUAUGAAUGCUGUUAGUGCCAAUAAUAUACUUUCUUCAUAUA